CUAGCGGCGAAGCGGAAGACUGCACCGUUUCCUCUGAUGACAACGUUGACCUGCGGCUGACCCCACUAAAAUCGGACAAAAAACAGCCCAAUAAAAUGCUGUCCGUUAAAUAUAUUUUGUGAAGUACAUUUAUUUUUUUAAAAAAGAAACGGUUUUAUUUUGUGCCUCGAUAGUGGAUCUGUAGAGAGUUUUCAGGCCCGCAGACGGUGAGAUUUGCUUCACACUCCACACACAUGUCACCUUCCGUUUCCACUCCUCUCUGCUCCCCUUCUGAAGUGGAUGGGGAAAUGUGGUGCUACCAAAAACCAGGGUUUGAUACCCUCCUCCUCACUGAGCUGCAGAGACAACAGCAGUGCAGCCAGUUCUGUGACACUCUGCUUAAGGCAGAAGGGGUGUCUAUACCCGCACACAGCUGUAUUCUGUCAGCUAUCAGCCCCCACAUCUCCUCCGCUCUGUCCUCCACACCGACUCCCGCUGCGGGGCAGAGUCGCCUCUUGGAGUUUCGGGCUCUGGGUGCCUGCACCUUGCUCCACUUGGUCAGGCUUCUAUACUCUGGAGAGAUGGCUGGGGAGGGUGAGAGGGAGAAGCAACAGGCUAUUUCUGCUGCGGCCAACCUGGGCAUCCACGGGCUGGUGGAGGUGACGAAAAGGGAGUGUAAGAGCAGGGAUGGGGUCGGGCAGUGCGCCGAAAUAGGAGUGCAGACGGAGCCUCUGAUGUUUGAGAGUGAGGAGAGACCAAGCAGGUGGAGGAGAGAGGUGAGGGAUGGGAGCACUUUUCUUUGGAAAGAGAUGAUGUCAAAUGGCGGGAAGGAUGUGUGCACUCAAACAGACGAGCUGCAGAUAAACACAGCUCCACCUGCUCACCCAGCAGUAUCGUUUGAGACCAUCGAUAUGAGUGCUCUGCAGAGUAUACAGCACUCAGACCCCCUACUUGUUCCCCCUCAGAUUUGCCCUGUGUCUGUCCUCUACCCUCCAAAUGAACUAACACCUCAGAUAUCCUCUGCUCCCUUAGGUUCUAUACCUGAAGCUGAAAGCACACCUGUUGCUGUUGUGACCCAGCCGUACACAUCUGCCCCCCCAUCCCUCCCUCAUUUUAUGAGCCAGACAACCAUCUGUAAUGCCGACCCCCAGAGCGGAUGGGCUGACCAAGAUGUCACAGUGGUGGAAGAAUGGGAGGAAGAGCAGUUUAAACAGUUUCAAGGCAACAUCCCAGGAUUCAUCAGCUACUUUCUGAACCCUGACAAUGAGGAGGAGCCCCGCAGGGGGAGAGCAGGCCACAGGCGAAGGUCCGGGGUCGGAGGUGCCAGGAGAGCCGAGACGGGCGAGAAGAAGCGUGGGAGACCACGAGCAGGAGGGAGAGGGCGUGGUCGGGGAGGAUUAACUCAAAUGGUGCAGGAGGUGGGGGUGAGCAGGUUGCAGAAGUUGUUCUUGCUCAGGUGGGGCAUGAGGACGCCCAGGACGGGUCAGGGAGGCGGAGCUGCUGGGAGGAAGCUGUGCCUGCAGACCAGAGAGGUUGUGAAAAAGGGUGGACGCUGUGAGAGGAGAAGAGGGCGUGGCAUAGCGUGGGCAUUAAGCCAAGUUGAAGAUGUGCUGCCGUCUGGUGAGAUCGGAGGAAGCACCACUCAGCGUGGAAGGAAAAAUACGGGGCAACAGUUUGAACAGGGCAGUCUUCCUGUGCGGAGGCCACGAAGGUCCAGAGGCAAAACAGCAACAUCGGCUUCCUGUUUUCCCACACCUAUGCAGUUUACCAAUGCACAUACUCUAUCUACCUCCAGCCACUCCUUCCAGGCUUCUCCAUCUCCCCACCUGCCAUCGCCUGCAGCCUCCUCUCCACCAUCCUGUCUUCCUGUCCCAGCCCCACCACCUCACGAGGAGCAGCCUGAGCAGAUCGAUCGUCUUCUGGAGGAAGUGAUGAUGGGACUCGAUAUUUUACCAAACAACAAAGGCAGCGCUUCACGUGCUCAGCAUCCCCUUUCAGCAGGUAGCAACACUGGCGCCUCUGCCUCUUCUGAAAUCACCUCAUUCCAAAACAAACCGCAGAGCCUUUCUUCUGAGCUCCAUGAAUCCACUGAGGUUGCAGCUGUUGCAGGAGCAGCUGGUCGCUCCAGUUCUACAAAUGGUGUGGUGCCAGUUCUAGAGCGGCCGUGCGAGGGAGAGCUGGGUGACAUGCUGGACCACUUCCUGCAGUCGUUUGAGCAGCAUGUUGAAAGCUGUCGUGCAAGAGAGGAGAUGGAGACGAGUGGUGUGAGCUCCACAGAGUCCUGCCAACCUCUCACUCUCUUGAACACUUACAAAAAAAACAAAGAUCACACUACAACCCCCUACAUGCCUCAACUACAAAGGAGCACCCACAGAAUUGAGUGCUCUCAAACACCUGAGCUGCACAUUGAUGAAAACGAGUCUCAAGAGAGCCGCUCACAGUCACGCAAGGCCCACGCUGGCCGCACCGUUUCCCCCAAACACAUAGAGGAAACUAGACCGACUUCAAAACGACAGAACAAAAGAAGGCAAAAGCCUUAUCUGUUCUCACUAGAGAAGAAGAAGGUGAAGGUGAGGAAGCCAGACGAUGCGGUGAACAGAAACCCUCAUGCCAGAAAAGAGAAUCAGCUAAAGCAGAUUCCUGUGGUGAACCUGGAGAGGAGAGAACUGCUGCCGGUCAAAGUGGCAAUGCCGCAACACAUCUGUCAGAAUCUGAAAGGCAAGGGUCCUGAAGAAACAAAAAACAUAUCAUCUACAGGGGAAAAUCCCCAUGGUGGCUUCUUGAAGAUCUACCCAAUCAGGAGCCGGGUAAGGGAACCACAAAUCCCGGAUGCUUUACCCUUCCUCGAGGAGCCACUUACAGCCAAACGCCUACCCUCAGCAGUUCAAUCAGGGCGCAGAAGUAGGGGCAGACCCAGGAAAAAUGACCCUCUCAGUUCAUCUAACAGAGAGUGUUCAAAACCACCCAUUCUGGCACAGCCUGCAGAUUUCUGUGUUGCGGAUGAACAACUUGAGAAAAACCAGGAGAGACGUGAGGAGGAGUUGGCUGUACAGUCACACGAAGAGGUGGGGGGGGCUACGAGGAGGGGACAGAAGAGGGGAGCAGAGUCAGACGAGGAUACGAGUGAUAACGCCACCGUGGCCAAGAGGGCUUGCUUUGAGACACCGACACAGCCACCCACCUCUGAACCUGCAGACUUUACCUCUAAACUAGGAGCCACAGAUCCUGAGGAGACAAUCGAUGUAGAGACUGUUUCUCCGACCGGAGCCUGUUUACAAGAAGAAAAAGAAAAUCUCCCGUGGAGUGAACUCAGACUAGCUGAGGGAAGUCUGACAGAUGAGGAAGUACAGAGCAGCGCUGAUGAGAUCAUCGAUGUGGAUGGAGACGACGAAAACUUUGAGAUAAAAGAAGAGAUUCAGACUCAGAGCAGAACAGCGCCGACUGUGUUUGCUGACCUGCAGCCUUUUGUUUCACCCUCACAGUCUGCAAAUGGAAGCUGGGACGUUGUCAAAGAUGAGGUCAUCGAUGUGAUUGGAGGCUCCAGUCCCAUCCCUGAACCGGUGACCAUCACGUGGACAGAGUCUUCAGAAGGUGAGGAAGAAGAAGGAGGAGAGCUGGACGUUGAUGUAGUCGGAGAACACAAAGACAGCGCUUCAUCAGUGAUUUUCACCGCUGUGAUUAAAGACCUUGUCAAGGGAAACGUUCAGACUGAGGUGCGCUUUCAUUAACACCUCUAAUGCCCCCUUCUUUUCUGUUCGUGUGAUUUCUUACAUUGGUUCAUUUAACUGCGUCUAUUUCAGGGCUGGUGACAAAUGGUCGACGUAGAUGUUCAUGAAUGUUUGUCUUCUCUCUGUAUUGUGCUCACGUCCACGUGCAAACAUGCUGACAAUCACACCAAGGAUGUUUGUGUUGCUAUUCCACCGGGGUUUAGGAUAAACGGAGCAAUAUGUGUCAUUUGUUUCAAGCAGUGAGGAAAGACCUGCAUCCUAAUGCGUAACAUUGUGAGCUUAAUCAGAACAAAAGACGUGUGUUUCUGUGAAGAUGUUUAGUUUUAAGCUCUUCAGCUGAGUAUAUAGAGACAGCUGGGAUUGUUCAUAAUUGAAGAAUUUUAUGUGUUACAAGUUUAAUAUUACUCAUUUGUAACUGUUAAGCAAAGUUUUUUUUUUAAACUGAAGUAUUGGAAAUACAUUUAAAAAAUCAGGUUUUUGUAUGUAAAGAAAGCGUUUUUAUUAGUUGUACAUAUGACAGUAACCGUGCAUUACGCCUUAAUCAUGCUUCAGCUAAAAAUCUACAUCACAACUUAAUCUUCCACGGCGAUCAGAGUCGACCUGACCUGUAGUUGCAUUUUUCCAGAGCUGCACGUCAGGUUACGUUGUAAGUUACGACGUAGAU